AUGAGAAAGUACGCCAAACAAUGUGGGGCAAAAAAUCCAGAGUUGUUAACAUCUUGUCGUUUAAGAAAACACAUUGCCACCGUGACUCAAAUUCUUAGCUUAAAAACUAAUGAAAUUGAUCAACUGGCCAAGUUUAUGGGUCAUACUUCCAAAACCCACGAAAAUUUCUACAAGCUUCCUCAAGAUAUAUACCAAGUAGCAAAAGUCUCCAAAAUUCUUCAGCUCAUGGAAAAAGGAAACGCAGCUGAAUUUAAAAAUAAAUGCUUGGAAGAAAUUGACAUAGACAUGGAAAAUGUUGAAGAAGAUGAAUUUAAUGAACUUGAAGCUGAAUCAGAUGGAAAUAUUGUUUUGGGCAUAGCUCAAAAUGACAACAAUGAUGUAAACAUUGUUGAAGAAAAUAAAAAUACAAUUGAUACCUCAAAGUCGUCAAACAAACGGUCUGGAAAUAGUUGCUCUCAAAAAAAAGGUUCUAGGCAACGAUGGAAUAAUGAACAAAAACAAAUUAUGCAAGUCUAUUUUAAACAACAAAUAAAAAAGAAAAACGCACUGCGAAAGAAUGAAUGUGAAGAAUUUUUGAACAAAUAUAAAAACAAGUUUAAAGACGUUAGCUGGGUGCGCGUGAAAACUUUUCUUUUUAAUGCUUGCCGUUUGCAACCCGUCGACUAA